UGGAGUUGUCGCCUUUGGUUUGACUAGUCCACGGUAUACUGGCAUAAAAAUUAAACUGCCAAUAUAAUUUUAAGAAAAAGCGUGAGCAAGCACCGGGGGUGUAGAAUUUCAACAGAAUGCCACUGCCGAUUCAGGCUGUGCUGUUUCAGCAGAAUGCAAUGGAGCCAAUGCAAGUUGACGCACCAACUGAAGACAACGACAACACAGAAGAAGAACCAUAUAUUGUAGAAAAUCCCUCACUGGAUUUAGAAGUCUACGCAAACAGCUAUACAGGACUUGCCAAAUUGUACAGGCUCAUCUAUAUCGCCGAUCAUUGUCCGACACUACGGUUGGAGGCAUUGAAAAUGGCAAUUACAUAUGUGAUGACAACGUAUAACACAGGAGUCUAUCAAACUCUGCAUAAAAAGCUGCAGGAGACAAUCGGCACGCCUGGACUGCCUGAUAUAGCAGCCCAAUCAACAUCUCAGGAUGUACCGACAAUCGAUCACAUGUGGUUAGAGUCUAAGUCGAAGAAGGCAGCCCUGAAGUUAGAAAAAUUUGAUACCGAUCUAAAGAACUACAAGAGUAAUUCAAUCAAAGAAAGCAUCCGGAGAGGUCAUGACGAUUUAGGUGACCAUUACCUGGACUGUGGUGAUCUCAGCAAUGCUCUUAAGUGCUACUCGCGAGCACGUGACUAUUGUACCAGCGGUAAACAUGUCGUUAACAUGUGCCUUAAUGUUAUCAAGGUAUCCGUCUACCUUCAAAACUGGUCCCAUGUCCUCAGUUAUGUUACGAAAGCUGAGAACACGCCUGACUUUACCGAAAUUCACGGCAAGGACAACAAUCAGGCUGUCAUCACCAAACUUAAAGUAGCCGCUGGACUUGCAGAGCUCGCUACCACGAAAUAUAAAAUGGCGGCGCGAAACUUCCUCCAGGCUUCACUGGAUCACUGCGACUGUCCUGAGCUCCUCUCUCCAGGAAAUGUUGCUCUCUAUGGAGGACUUUGUGCGCUUGCUACUUUUGAAAGACACGAACUUCAAAAGCAAGUCAUAUUCAGCAGCUCGUUCAAAUUGUUCUUAGAGCUCGAACCUCAACUCAGAGAUAUUAUCUUCCAGUUUUACAACUCAAAGUAUGCCUCAUGCUUGAAAUUGUUGGAUGAGAUAAAGGACAACAUUUUACUCGAUAUGUACAUAGCACCACAUGUCAAUUCUCUCUAUACUCAAAUCAGGAAUCGAGCACUAAUUCAAUACUUCAGCCCGUACUUAAGCGCUGACAUGAGGAGAAUGGCUACAGCAUUCAACAGAACUGUCUCCGCCCUUGAGGAUGAGCUCAUGCAGCUUAUACUCGAAGGUCAAAUCCAGGCACGCAUCGACUCGCACAAUAAAAUUUUGUAUGCCAAAGACGUUGAUCAGCGUAGUACGACGUUUGAGAAGUCAAUCAGUGUCGGCAGAGAGUACCAGAGACGUACUAAAAUGCUCAUUCUCAGAGCUGCGAUGUUGAAGCAUCAAAUUCAUGUGAAGAGUCCACCGCGUGAUACGACGCAAGGAAGUGAGUUAUCCGUGGCGCCAGGAAACAGUAGCAUAGUAUCAAGAAAUUGAAGUAAUUUAUUUGUCAAGUUGAAAACGUGAUCGAAAAAAACAAAAGGAAUCCACACGAAACUGAAACGCUUGGACAUUAACUCUUAUGUAAAUUAAUCCUUUGCCAUUGUGUUCCUCAACUUUUACUUUACCAUUUUUUUGUAAUUUUUUUUUUUUUUUUCUUUUGUUCUCAGUCGUAAAGUUAUAUACUGUACAUAAAUAUGGCCUUUACGUUAUAAAUAAACAAUUAUUAUCAAUCACCAAAAACUGCAAUAUUAAAGUAAAACGUUUGUAGCAUCAUCAAGAAAAGUGUUAAUUACACAUGAUAAAUACAUGCAUGCAUAUACGUAAAGUA